UCUAGUCUUAUUUAAUUGUUCCUUUAACUUUAGUCUUUUUCAAUCACAUGGCUUCUCCUUUUCCCAGAUAAUAAUACAUUAAGUAACAUGAGGGUAUCUAUUGAUUAAACAAUCCCAAAUUUUGAACUAGAUGACCAUCUAAAUUACAGGGCCAGAGCACUAUAUAUGCUAGUACUUCAAAGAAUGCAAAAUCAUCAACUGUUCUUUCCUAAAUACAUAAAUAGUUCAUGUAUUUCUUCAUAAUAGCCAAUUUGUAGCCAUGAAGUUCCUGAAUAUCCUUCUUGUUUUUUCCAUACUUGGUUGUUUAUCAUGGACUAGUAUGCAAAGCAACCUAGAGACUUACAUAGUUCAAGUUGAAUCUCCAGAAAGCCAAAUCUCCACUCAAUCAUCUUCAAUGGAUUUAGAGAGUUGGUACAAUUCUUUUUUGCCAAAGACUAUAGCAAGCACAAGCUCGAAUGAAGAGUCGCCGCGCUUGAUAUACUCAUAUCACAAUGUGAUGAAAGGCUUUGCUGCAAGAUUAUCAGCAGAGCAUGUUAAAGAAAUGGAGAAAAAACAAGGCUUUAUAUCGGCUUGGAGAGAGAGGAUAUUGUCUUUGCACACUACACAUACUCCGAGUUUUCUUGGAUUGAAGCAGAACAUUGGCUUGUGGAGGGAUUCCAACUAUGGGAAAGGUGUGAUUAUUGGAGUUUUGGACAGUGGGAUUUUUCCCGACCAUCUUUCAUUUAGCGACGAAGGAAUGCCUCCUCCGCCUGCUAAAUGGAAGGGUAAGUGUGAAUCGAACUUCACUACAAAGUGUAACAGCAAGCUCAUUGGAGCCCGGACUUUCCCACAAGAAAAUGGUUCGCCAAUAGAUGAUGAUGGACAUGGUACACACACCGCCAGCACUGCUGCUGGUGGUUUUGUGAAAGGUGCCAAUGUGUAUGGAAAUGCUAAUGGCACCGCUGUUGGGAUUGCCCCUCUUGCUCACCUAGCCAUUUAUAAGGUCUGUGAUUCAUUUGGUUGCUCUGACAGUGGCAUUUUAGCGGCCAUGGAUGUAGCUAUUAAUGACGGAGUUGAUAUACUAUCGCUAUCUCUUGGUGCAGGUUCUAGUCCAUUCUAUAAUGAUCCUAUUGCACUCGGAGCGUAUAGUGCAACACAAAGAGGAAUUCUUGUAAGUUGCUCUGCUGGUAAUAGUGGUCCUUCUGAAAGCUCUCUUGGAAAUGAAGCCCCGUGGAUUCUCACAGUAGGUGCGAGCACUUUUGACAGGAAAAUUAAGGCCACUGUUCAACUUGGAAACAAGAAAAAAUUUGAGGGAGAGUCCGCCUUUCAUCCAAAGGCUUUCAGCACAAAAUUCUUCCCUUUGUUUGAUCCUGCACUAAAUGCAAGUGACUCUGACAGCUCUUAUUGCGGAACAGGUACUUUGACUGACCCUGCUGUUAAAGGCAAAAUAGUCUUGUGUAUGGUAGGGGGUGGUUAUACUAGGAUUGCAAAAGGACAAGCUGUUAAGGAUGCCGGAGGUGUUGGCAUGAUUCUAAUAAAUCGGGUAGAAGAUGGUUUCACUACAUCAGCUGACGCUCACGUCCUUCCAGCAAUGGAUGUAACUUAUGAAGAUGGAAUGAAAAUCGUUGAUUAUAUGAAUUCAACAAGAAAAUUUGUUGCCCGGAUUACAUUCCAAGGAACUAUAUUCGGAGACAAAAAUGCUCCGGUUGUUGCUGGAUUUUCUUCUAGAGGGCCAAACCUAGCUAGUCGCGGAAUCUUAAAGCCUGACAUUAUCGGCCCUGGUGUUAACAUUCUUGCUGCUUGGCCUACCUCAAUGGAGAACAACAAAAACACAAAAUUUACCUUCAACAUUAUUUCGGGUACCUCCAUGUCUUGUCCUCACCUCAGUGGAGUAGCAGCAUUACUAAAAAGCGCCCACCCCACUUGGUCUCCUGCAGCUAUUAAAUCAGCAAUUAUGACAACGGCUGAUACAACCAAUCUUGCCAACAGCCCCAUAUUAGAUGAAAUGCUCCUUCCUGCUAGCAUCUUUGCCAUUGGUGCAGGACAUGUCAAUCCAUCAAGAGCAAAUGAUCCGGGACUAAUUUAUGAUACCAAAUUCAAGGACUACUUACCUUAUUUGUGUGGUUUGAAUUACACAAAUCGAGAGGUUGAAAACCUUCUACAACGCAAGGUGGAUUGCUCAGAAGUGAAAAGUAUUCCUGAAGCACAGCUGAAUUAUCCUUCAUUUUCCAUCACACUCGGAGAAAAUUCUCAAACGUAUACAAGAACAGUGACUAACGUCGGGGAAGCUAAAUCAUCUUACAGUGUAGAGAUAGUUUCACCACCAGGAGUUGCAGUAAUUGUUAAGCCCUCCACUCUAAAGUUCUCAAAGUUGAACCAAAAAAUGACAUAUCGAGUAACCUUUUCAAGAACAGCCAAUAGUUCAACCAGUGGUGUAGUUCAAGGAUUCUUGAAAUGGACUAGUACUAGGCACUCUGUAAGAAGUCCAAUUGCAGUUGUUCUGGAAGAAACUGAAACGUUGGAUUUCUAGUCGUUUUUUCUUUUUAAAAAUAAUUUGUUCCAUAUAAUAAGCCUGUAUUAAUUGUUUGAAUCCAACAUGCAGAAUGGAUGCAGAAAGUACUAAUGACAUUCUAUUAUACUUUGUGUUA